UGCGCUAGUUCACAGUCACCCUUCUAGGCUCCGGCUGCUGGCGGUCGUACUGGGUGCAGCAGAGGCCAACAGCAGUAAUGGGAGCCUUACUCUCCCGGUGGAAGGCAAAGCCUACCACAGUGGAGCUGUUGGAGGAACUAGAUAAGGAAAUCAAAGACCUCGACGAGUUCCGUGCGAAGAACCAGCGCCUGCAGAAGUUGUGGGUGGGCCGGCUUCUCUUCUACUCAGCAGUGCUGUACCUGCUCACCUGCAUGUGUGUCUACUACCUGUACCUGCCUGAGCAGUGGAGCACCCGCCUCUACACUGCCCUUCCACUGCUCCUCUUCCCAGCGCUUGUGUGGUUUGCACGCAAGCUGCUCAUCUUCCUCUUCUCCAAACGUACAGAGAGAAACAAUGAAAAAUUAGAGGAUUUAAAAUCAGAGAAAAGAAAAAUACUUGAAGAGGUAAUGGAAACUGAGACGUACAAAAAUGCCAAGCUAAUUCUGGAGAGAUUUGACCCUGAAUCAAAGGCAAACGUGGAAUCGCAAGCUACUCCAACUCAACCUCGUAUGACUCCCAAACCAGGCCAAGAUGUUAGACAACGUCACGUUGCCAUGGCCACUCCAGGACCCAUGCCCCGCCCCGUGACCCCUGGAGCCACACCCCUUCGCGCGGCACCCGGGGGCCCUCCAGAGAAAGGACUGGCUGCUUCCACCUCCAGCCCGGCAGGAGCCAGUGCCAUGGAAACCCCGCCCUACAUGAGGAGGAUCGUCAGUCCCUAUUCGCCAGCACCAGGGACAGGCAUGUACCCCCCAGGCCCGCCACUGGCUCGGCCCGUGCUCCCACGAGAGCGUGGUGCAGUGGACCGGGUCAUCGAGUACCUCGUCGGAGAUGGACCUCAAAACAGAUACGCUCUGGUUUGUCAGCAGUGCUUCUCUCAUAAUGGCAUGGCCCUGAAGGAAGAGUUUGAGUAUUUGGCCUUUCGCUGUGCGUAUUGCUACUUCAUGAACCCAGCACGGAAGACUCGGCCACAGGCACCCCGGCUCCCGGAGUUCAGCUUCGAGCGCCGACUCCGCUCGGACUCACCAGACCCGCAAGCCACUGCAGCCGCGGAUCCUCCAGGACAGAGCGACACCCAUGAAGAGAGUUUAAUGUCGAAUCGUCGCUCCCAUUCCUCCUUGGGUGUUGCACCCUGGAGCAAAGUCCACAGUUUCAGGAGAAAUCCCACAGAUGUUCUGGAGUCCACCCCGUCUGCUGACCUGCCGGAGCCAAUCUUAGAUGAAGCCACGCCCACACGUGAGGAAGGCACGGAUUUGCCCCGCCCUCCACGUAGCCCCUCUCCCUCACAGGAGUCUCAGCCAGAGAAUCAAGAAGGGGUCACUCAGAAGACACAGCUGGAAGAAGAGGAGUUGAACUAAGUUUUUUCGUUAGUCGAUGCUCCAUAUGCUAUAUUUUAAGCCUUUAGCAAGUUCACAGCAGCUGUUAACUUAUUGCCUAAUAUGUGUCCUGCUGGAUUUUAUUUGCACUAGUUUGUUUUUGCCAUAUUUAAUUUUGUAGCAUUGCCUGUUUAGGCAAGUACAAAGGUACCAUGAUCUGAAUUAUAAAAAAGAUUAAAAAAAAACAGACCAAUGAUUUUAGUGCUGCCAUCUUCUGGACAACGUUGUGCAUCACACUGAGGUCCAAGCAGCCAAUAGUAGUUAAGUAUGUAGUGUUAUCAUAAACAGGAGUAUAGACAACGUCACUGUUACAGAUAAAAGUGGAGUGGCCAUUUUAAUAAACUUCCUUGUCAGAAGCCAAACUCUGUGAGGCAAAGUUGAAAGUUGAUGUAGGCCAGUGUGAAAUUUGUCUCCCAAACUACAGUAAAGGGAGAAUAGUCCCAUUUAAACAGAUGGGCAUCAUGUUUACUGUUGGGUACAUUUUAAGCACGAAUUCCAUUUUGAUCAACUCAUCAAAACACUGAUUUUGUAAGUCUUAAUGUAUUUUUAGUAGUUGGUCCUAAAUGCUUGGUCAGUUGCAAUAUUUUAUUGAAAUCUUGGGUUUGUUUUGAUUGUAUUGUUGUGUUUUAGGCCUAAAGGCCAUUCCCAUCAUCUGAUUAUUUUAAGCUCUCUAGUGCCUUCCUGCUGAGAUGAGCUGGGCUGUUUCCCCUCCCGUGGGUAUACUGCAGCCAUGCAGCCAGAUCCAGACAUUACAACAGCUGCAACGGCAGAGGCUACCAGCCGAGAGCAGUGCACCCAACGAAACGUGCAAUAUGCCUGUUUACCACGUUCAGUGUGUGUAUUUACCAUGUUCAAUAUGUGUGGUUACCAGGUACUUGGUAAUCACAAGCUGUGGUGGUGUUUGGCAGUUUGUAACUGCCUUUGUAAUCCAGCUUCACAGUCCACAUGGAAACUUUAUGCUGCAUGAACAAAUACGUUAUUAAUUUUUAGUUUGUUUAUUGUUGAAAAGGAGGUGUAAUGCUUCCAGUGGUUAUAUGCUUCUAACAGUUUAUCGUAGGUGAGUGAUUCUGUCAGACUGACUCUGAUAUCUGAUAAGAGUAAGCGACACUGGCGAUCAUGACGACGCUAUCGUCAGUUCCUCCGGAGGGGUAGUUCAAUCCCGUCUUCAGUCGGAUGAUGCUGCUUUGUCACAGUUUGGUGCAGCAGUUUGGUUCCAUCUAAAUGCACAUAGGUCCUGUUAGGUGUCUCUGUGCGUGAUAGCUGUGUUUACACUAGUGUACAUCUGCAUGGCACAUCUAAUAAAGGUUCUUUUUAUAAAGCA